AAUCCGGUCCAAAAAUUCGAUCAGAAAACCGGGCGAUUCGAGUUAAAAGAACCGGACCGGUGUCGACCACUUUAUUUUGCCCUUAGGGCUUCUUUCUCUUCGAUAGUUGAAGGAUAGUAAUUCCAGCUUCCACGGCGGAUAUCGAAUCUAAUUGGGUUGCAACAAAGAGGAGAAGGAUAUACUUGUUUUGGGGGGAGCGCGCGCUCAGAUGCAGAGACUAGGGAACUUUAAGCUGCCUCAGUUCUUCAAUUUCCCACCUUUCUUCACUUUGCAGCCAGUGAAGGAAACACGUGAGAAGCAAGUGCAAGUAUGGAAGCAGCUGCUACUUGAUUACUGCAGAAGUCAAAAGAUUUUUGUGAUAGGAUUGGAAGAAGAUUUCCCUCUGUUUUCUAAUCCAGUCAUUGAAAGAUCUUUAAGCCAUGAGGCAAGGGAGGUAUUUCUUUCUGCUCUGAUAAGUGAAGGUCAUGCCGAAUGGAUGGAUAAAGAUCAUAGGAAAUGUCUGAUGCUUUGGUUAAGACUCCAGGAGUGGGCUGAUUAUAUUUUAAACUUUGUGAAAGACAAUGGAUUGCAGGAUGGUGUCAUGACCAUUGAAGAAAUGCGAUCAGGAACUGAAACACAUGGUACUGGUAAUGUCAACACAACUUCCUCAAUGUGCUAAUCAACCCUCAGAGCUUGCUGGGAUAGAUCGGGGUUUGCUUCUGCGUGUUCUGAGAUUACUGGAGCAGAAAGGUAAAGCUACAAUAUUCAAAGGGACUUCAGCAGAUGAUGAUGGAGUAAAAUUUUCUGUCUAAUUGGGACACUGUUUUCCAAGCCACCUGUUGACUGUUUCCAUACGGUGCUGGAACUCUGAUUCUUAUUGUGAUCAUCCUUGCUUUCUUUAUGGUAUACGUUUUACCUGUUCAGGCUUAAACGAACAUUUAUUUGCUGCAGAUACAUCUCUGGUUAUUUGAAUGGGAUCAAGAUGUAAAUCAAGCUUUUCAGAUGUAUGUAUUACUUGGAAAAUUUAAUUUGUACCAA